UCCUGAGCAAGGUCAGGGAAGAGCACGCUUUGCGUCAGUGCUGUUCGAGGUGGGUAACUGAUUGAAAGCCACCUCCAAAGCCGAGCUAAGAAAAAUUGCUUCUUAAACAUUCAGCAGCUAGAGAAGACACCCUGUACUGAACAACAGGGAGGAAAGGCUUGGCUUGGAUUCAGCAGGCUGCAUUAAUUCAAUCGCCACGGGACAUGCGAGAAAUCUGCCGUCAAGAGGCAGAAGCAGCAAAGAGGUGGGAUAUUCUGACAUGACGACUCAAUACGAGAGAAAUCAAACGAAGCACUUUGGAUUCUGAGGCUGCAUGAGGAUGAGGGAAAGCUGGACUGUUUGAACCAACAUUGAAACACACUGUCAGACCUCUGCCAAACGUAUCAGUCCUUGUUGGGAUCUCUCUUCAGUAUAAUAAAGCAUUAAGCGGGCAGCAGAGAAAGCUAAGAUUCGUUUUAAGAGCAACACAGACAUCUUACUUAAUAGAUUUUAAACCUUUGUAGGGAUGAAAGGCUCCGCAACUUCCCCAGAUAGCAACAGUCCCUGGAACAAAAUCUAAUAAAAGGACAAAGAGGGAGCAGCACCAACACGGUGCCCUCAUCCAUAAAGGUGCCCAGCACCAUCAGGGUGCUCAUUCUGCCAGCUGGACUGGAGACCUCCUCCAGCCCUCAAGACUUUCAAAAGCUUUUCCCACUCUGUCACAGAAGAUAUACCAAGUGAGACAUUUUAAAAGCACUUCGCUAUGGUCAAUCACCAGGAAUGGAAACUUGUUCAGCAGAGUUUUGCAGGACAACGGUCUGGCAUUUAUUUGAGAUAAGGCCAGGAUCACACGCCUCGUCGUUGUUGUCUCCCUCCGGAUCACGCAGAGCAGCCCAGCCCCAGGGAAAGGACCCACAGCGGGCUCACUACCAUGAUUCUGGAGACGUGGGACUCGCAGGACCUGAGCAUCUCCUGCAACACAAAGCCACCUCGGUACUACAAAGUUUAACUCUAAUCAAAUGGCUCUCCCCACCACAAAUCAGUUUUGCCACAGAAUUCCCUCAGGUUACGGCACAACCUAUCGCAGAUACCACGUCUUGGAAGGUAACAACCUCUGCCAAGGAGGAUCAGCGCACGGCUGUGCUCUUCGCAACAAGCAUUUCAGCCUGCCCUCUUUCUGGGAGGCUACAGCUGAUCUACGGGGACGAAGCAGCCCCACGUAGCCCAGGGGUGCACCCCAAUCACGCACCCCGUGGUCUCCACAACAGGCACAACCCUCACCAGCUCCUUCUUCAGCAGCAGGAGAUCGUUUACUUGAAGACUUUCCCUGAUACUGAAGAGAUUAUGGUCAUGGUAACCCAGCAUUAUUUUGGAUUCUACAGUGGGCAUUUCGUUGUCAUCGCUGCGGUCGUCUAGGAAAAGGACAAGACUCCCACGGGACCUUUACCAGUUAGAAUGGAUGCAGUAGAAAAGAGAGUCCAUACAUUUGUGCGAGUCAAGCCAACAGCUGAUUUUGCUCAAGAUAUGAUCAAAUUCGGGCCAGACAACAAGAGCAUAGAUAUAUACAUUAAAAAAGAUGCCAAGAAAGGAGUUGUGAAUAACAAGCAGACUGACUGGUCCUUUAGACUCGAUGGUGUCCUUCACAAUACCUCCCAGGAACUGGCUUAUGAGACCGUGGCUAGGAAGUUGGUGUCCGAAGCUUUAAUUGGCUAUAACGGCACGAUAAUGUGCUAUGGCCAAACGGGGGCUGGUAAAACUUACACGAUGACGGGAGCAACUGCCGAGUACGAGCACCGAGGAAUCAUACCCCGAGCUCUGCAGCAGGUCUUCAAAGCAGCUGCGCAUUCCGUCAGCGUCCGUAUAUCCUACCUGGAAAUCUACAAUGAGACCCUGUUUGACCUUCUGUCCACCAUGACAAGCACUGGGACCAGCGACGUGCCGAUGGCUGUAGUGGAUUGCCCCCAGGGUGUUUACGUGAAGGGCUUGUCUAUACAUUCAGUUAGCCACGAGGAAGAUGCUCUAAAUCUCCUUUUUGAGGGCGAGACCAACAGAGUGAUAGCAGAGCACACGCUGAAUAAGAAUUCAUCCAGAUCCCAUUGCAUCUUUACUAUUUAUAUUGAGUCUCGUUUCAGAGUCUUCUCAGAUGUCAAAUGCAUUAACUCUAAAAUCAACUUAAUAGAUCUGGCAGGCUCAGAGAGGCUGAGCAAGACCAGAUCUGAAGGCCAGGUUCUGAAAGAAGCCACGUACAUCAACAAGUCUCUGUCGUUCCUUGAGCAACUCAUCAUUGCCCUGGGUGAUCCUAAGAGGGACCACAUCCCCUUCCGGCAGAGCAAGCUCACUCACGUUCUCAAGGACUCGCUAGGAGGAAACUGCAAUACUGUCCUAGUGGCAAAUAUCUGUGGGGAGGCUGUGCAUGUGGAAGAGACUUUGUCUUCUCUUCGUUUUGCUACCAGAAUGAAAUGGAUCACAACUGAGCCAGUUAUCAGUGAGGCAUAUGACCGAGAGGGGACAGUGAAGGCUUUGGAAAAGGAGAUUAUUCUUCUGAAGCAGGAACUGGCCAUGCAUGACAGCUUGGUAAAUCGUUCGUUGGUGACUUAUGACCCUCUGACUGACAUCCAGAUAGCAGAGAUUAAGUCUCAAGUCCAUAAAUACUUAAGAGGAGCCAUUGAUGAAAUUGAUAUAGUGAACGUCAGGCAAGUCCAGGAGGUAUUUAAGCAGUUCAAACUGAUUGUGAGUCAACAGGAGCAUGAAGUGGAGGCCAGAUUACGAAGCAAGUACGCUCUGAUAGACAAAAACGACUUCGCUGCUGUUGCUGCUGUCCGUAAGGCAGGUGUGGUUGUUGCCGAUGGCCAUUUGGUGCGGGAAGAGGAUGGAGUUGGGACUAGAACUGCUCCUUUUUCCUCCAGACAUGGUGGGAAGAAGAAAUCCAGGAAGAGCAAUGAGCAGCCCAAGAAGGAAGGAAUAGGAAGAUCUGUUUCUGGGAGAGAUCUGGGUUUUUUUUUACCAUCAAAAAGUCAGGUAAUAAAUUCCACCAGGCAUCUGGAUGUGAAAGAUGGAGCAAGGAACCAGGAUACAGCAAAUAUUGAUGGAGAGCUCUCAAAGCCAGCUCCAGUGGUGGAUUCACAGCAGCCCAGCUCCCCUCCGCCCAAGCCGGUGGCAUUUGAGCAGUUUAAGGAGGAGGGCGGGAGUGAGAUCAGCCGCAUCUUUAAAGAGAACAAAAGCAUCCUCCUCGCCAGGAAGAGGAGAAGCUCUACAGUAGCCCAGAGGAUCAACUUCAUCAGGCGGGAGAUGGAGGGCAUCCAAAGGGCUCUGGAGGCUCAGAAGCAGGAGCGGUGGCAGCAGGGAGAGUAUGUUGAUGAGAAAGGACAGAUCAUAAUUGAUGAGAAAGAGUUUUUACUCAUCGUGAAGCUGAAAGACCUGAAGGAAGAGUACAGGUCUGGUUAUGCUGAACUGCAGGACCUGAAGGCAGAAAUCCAGUACUGCCAGCAUUUGGUGGACCAGUGCCGGAACAAACUCGUUUCAGAGUUUGAGAUCUGGUACAGCGAGUCCUUCCUCAUCCCCGAGGACGUGCGGGAAGCUCUGAAGCCCGGCGGCAGCAUCAGACCUGGAAUGAUUCCCAUAAACAGAGUCAUGUGCCUGGAGGAAGACGAGCAGGACAGGUUUGAGCGGAUGCAGGAGACGACGCUGCCAGCCUGCCCGGCUUCGGUCUCAUUCUACAAGGCAAAAAUGAAGACUGACCAAAAGCACACCUACACCAGAACCAUGUCGUCCCUCGAGCAAAUGCGGAGGAAACCCGGGCUCAUCACAGCUGCUGGGAAGAAUAAAGCCCUGUCAUUUCUGCGCGUCGUGUAGCAGAUUCGGGCUCAGCCUGGAACCCAGCAUUCGAUAAGCAGCGUCACCUCAGAAAGUGCCUUGUGUUCGUGUCCACAGUAGAUUUAUCGAAAACUAACAGUAGGAAAAAAAACCCAAAAAAACAACAAACCACACCACCCAACUUCUGCGUAGGUAGGCUGACAGUUAUUGGUAAUCAAACCCGCUGUUUAGACGGGAAGCAAGCCAGGGGUUCAAAUAGCAACGCUUGUUUUUCGGAGCGUCUCUGGAAAAGAGGGUGUCGGGACAGAGAGGUGUGUUGUGGACAACCUGGGCUGCUUCUGCCUCCCUCCUCCCCGGUGCCGGGGGCAAGGGCCUCCUGGGCUCGUUCUUGACCGAGUGGCAGGUCCCAUCUUUGCUCGUUUGACGUUUUCAAGGUGGUUCUUGAGAAGCCAAGUCGGGGGGAGAGGGUGGUGUUUGGCCCGCUGCUUGCCAGGAAGGAGAUUCGGAUCCAGAGUGAGAUCCCAACGCCCAGCAACUGGGAAGCUCCGGAGGAUAACCGUGCUUCUGGUAUCUUCACCCACCGAGGGGAGCGUGCUGAAGGUUUGCUGGAAGUCCUCCUCCUCCUCCUCCUCCUCCAGUGGAGGUGGGAGGCUGACUCCAGCUCGGCACGCGCCAGGGAAGUUUCUAACACCACAUACCCAGCCAAGAGAGUCCCACCUCCUGCUGCCGCUGCUGCCGAGGGUUCACGGCCACCUCGCUCUUGCUGGGGCCGUUCCUGUGAUUUACCCAAAACAGUGAGAUCUCCACAGCCACGAAGAGCUUCGGAAUUCUUUGGGAAGCCGGAACAAUAACGCUGAAAACCCCAAAAUGCAGCGCUCCGCAGCCGUUGGGAACACCCUGCCUGAAGCCUGGCAAAUCACCAGGAUUACUGGAAAACCCGCAGGGAAAUCACUGGGGUUACUGGAAAACCUUGCUGGCGCUUGGCUGGAGCUUUACGGGGUGAUACUGGCUGGGCCCCUGCCAAGCAGCGAGAUGGGGGACAAAAAAGCCCCCGCUGCCAAAACCGGCCCCAGCCGUAGUGGGAGCAUCCCGGGGAGGAGGUUUUCCACGUCCUGCCCCCGUUCACAAGGAGGGCUGGGAAAAUGAAUUAGUCCAAGCUGUUCAGUUUGGUUUAAUUUGCUGCAGCUCACUUCUGUUACUGUAACAGCACCUGCUCCCCACAAGUGCGGUGGGUAACGGCCUAGAAAUCCCCUUUUCUUUGUAAUUAUCAAUUUUCAAAGGUUUGUAAAGCUGUUGGAAAUUCAACCCAGGCUGAACUUUCCAAGAAAACACUUCCACAGGAGCGGAGCUCAGCCUUCCUUUGACCUCCUCCACCAUCCACCCCUCCUUUGCUUCCCCCUCGUGGGUGCUCGGUGCCACCCACCCCGUCCCCAUAGUGGUCCCAAAUCUGGGAAAAAAAACCAACAUGACCCGAGAAAUCUCAAAUUCAGGAUGCUGCAAAUGUAGUUUUGAGGCUGGUGUGUGAGCAGGAAGGUCCUACUGCACCCCAAAAGCAGGAGGGUGUCCUGGGGUGCUCCGGCACUGACUCCCUGGGCGAGCUCUCCUCGGGGUUUGGGAGGUUGGUGAAAUAAAACGACCCGUGAGAGGA